AUUGCUGUUCGUAUGACGUGGACUCGUUCUCGUCAUCCGUCGCUCCCUCUGACUGUCAAGUCCUUCUGAUGACGGAUACUGAAGGAAAUGCUAUCCUCGGCAGCCCUCGACCGCAUGGACACAAUGAUGAUAUGCAAAGCGCACCCGCAAACAACGAUGGACGAACUAAUUUUCUAAACACUUCUACAGAGGACGCGAAGAAUUCUGACUUCAGAGAUGGUGACAUAAAUUAUGUCAACAGCACCCCUGACCGUGUGAACAUGUCUAGGUGGGCGAAGAGAGGCCGCAAAGAAAUGCUUUCAGAAUCUGUAAUUAUUAAAACAUCGAAGGUCCCCACCCUAGAAGGAAGGAUAUCUGGUGAAUCGGAUAGCUCAAACCGGAAUGAGAGGCUUGCUUCACCAGAAUCUCUAAGCUCGGUUGCUCCAGAACGCAGCGCAGGCAGAGGUAAUAGGAGACUUUCUGAUAAUUUUAAUAUUAAUACGAGAAACUCACUUUACGGAUCGUCAAAUAUCGCUAUGUCACGUGUCAAGAAUUCUUUUAACCUCUCGGAUUGUUCACUGAUGAACCCAGGGUCAGCCCCUACUCUCAACACUGCUCGAGAUUUCAAUAGUGAAAGUGCCACAUCAAAUACUACUGGUGUGGAUGUACUAGAAAGUGCUAUACCAAGUACUUCAGGUGUUGGUGUGCUAGACAGCAAUCAUCAAGAUACUGAGUUUAAGAGAAAUAAUUUCUCAAGGAACUCUUCCAGUUUCCAGACUUCUGUACAAUUACGUAAUAAAACGUGUGGAAAUGAAAACAUGCUCACAGCCUGGCCUUCCUCGCAGCUAGAUCUUGUGAAAAGACGCAGUGCUGAGAUUUCUGAACUUCGUCAUGUUCUAGAGGAUAAGAUCAAAGGCCAAAACCCACGCUAUAGCAGCCUUAGCAGCAUCAUAAACGGGUCCAGUGGGCGCAGGCUUAAAUCGGAGCUUUUAACCAGUAACAAACGGUCUUCAAGUGUAUAUGGACACUUGCAUAGAGACAACGUACGCCAAGAAAAGGAUAAAGUGUCGUCUAGCUGUCUGCAACGAAACGAUUAUAGUGUCACCUCCAGCGCAGUUCGUCUCCGACAAGACAAUAAACAACCAGCAUCUUCCACCUCCAGGAACUCCCAGAAGCUCAAAUACCUUAUGAAUGAUCAGAAAAAGUCUUCCCCAUUCAGUGAUAAAAAGAUCAACGAACCUCUCCUCUGUCAGAGGUGUUCCAGUCCAAUCAAUAGUAGCCCACGCCAGGUUCCCCAAAAAAAUAUUUCAUAUGUGGAGAAUGAAGAGACUACAUCCCAGGACCACACUCCCAUCGGCUCGCUAGGGCCCAAGACUUCUACGUCGUCUGACAGUACCAGACACAGUGAGGAUACCGAGAGAGUUACUUCUUCAGGGUCAGCAGAGACAGGAGAGACAAGAAUCAACUAUUACCCCAAUUGUGAUCCAUGCAUUUGGAUUCGCUCGUGCACCACCGAGGUCACUCAGCCUCUCUCCGGCGUCAAGACAGGUGUGAUCCCAACCUGGCUUCGAGGCGCUCUCUUACGCAACGGUCCUGGGCGCAUCCAGGUGGGAGAGUAUCAAUAUAACCACGUCUUCGACGGCUCGGCACUGCUACACAGAAUCUUGAAAGCAACACCGCACUUUAAAAACCCACAGCUGCACCUGACAGGUAGGGUGAGGACACCGUUCCAGCGAGCACGGGUGGUGGCGUCCGUGGCUGCCCGCUGGCGACUCAACCCCUGCUACAUGCAUUCUUUCGCCAUAACUGACAAUUACUGGGUUCUCAUAGAGCAGCCACUAGUUGUAUCCGUCUCGAAGAUCCUCCGAGUUUUGAUAAAGCAUGACGCACUCAUCGAUGCUCUCCAGUGGUGGGAAAAGGAGACUAAGAUCCACGUGGUGAGUCGUGAAACAGGAACUGUCACCAACACACAGUAUGUCACUGAGACCUUCUUCUUCCUGCACACCAUCAACGCCUACGAGGACAGCGACCACAUCGUGCUCGACAUUGCCUCCUACAAGAACGCCGAGAUGCUGCAGUGUAUGUUCGUCGAGGCGCUCAAGAACGCCGCCUAUGACCCGACAUUCGCCCAGAUGUUUCGAGGCCGGCCCAAGAGAUGGGUGCUGCCCCUCCACCCUAACAAGAACGCUGAGCCCAAUGCUAAUCUCAUCAGCCUUCCUAAUACCAGCUGCCACGCACGCUGGGCCAAGAAGAACCUCGUCUACGUCACACCAGAACUUAUUGUGGACAUUGGAUGUGAGGUGCCAAGAAUCCACUACGACGAACACAACGGCCGCCAUUACCGGUACUUCUACGCUAUUUGCAGUGAUGUUGAUCACCGGAGCCCCGGCACGCUGGUGAAGGCAGACGUGGUGAACAAGACCCACCUGGAGUGGAGUGAACACAAUGUGUAUCCCUCGGAGCCUAUCUUCGUACCUACACCUGGAGCUCAGCGGGAAGAUGAUGGUGUUGUGCUGUCAGCUCUGCUGCGAGCCAAGGGUCUGGACCAACAGGUGUGCAUCCUGGUCCUGGACGCCUGCACCUUCACAGAGGUGGGUCGAGUGGAGUUCACUGCUCCUGGACCUGUACCUAAGUGUCUGCACGGCUGGUGGGUCCAGGAAGGCACCCUCACCGUCCACACUCACAAGGAUACACAAAAAACUAAUACCAAGAACAAGCAAGGAACUAGCACCAAAGGCAAGCAAGGAACUAACACCGAGGAUAAGCAAGGAGCUAACACCGAGGAUAAGCAAGGAACUAACACCAAGGAUAAGCAAGGAAGUAACACCGAGGAUAAGCAAGGAACUAACACCAAGGGCAAGCAAGGAACUAACACCAAGGACAAUCAAGGAACUAACACCAAGGACAAUCAAGGAACUAACACCAAGGACAAGCAAGGAACUAACACCAAGGAUAAGCAAGGAACUAGUACCAAGGACAAAAAAGGAACUAAAACAUUUACACGUAAACGUGUAGCGUAGAUUCUUGUAAAUAUGAAUAUAAAACAUUCAGAAAUAUAUUUUUACGACUGCUAAAAUAAAUAAGAAAAUAAAUAUUAACAAUUUAUUCAUCACUAAGUCUAUGCAUAUUGUUCAUUGUUUAUUGUAAUAUUUCGAGUUCCUUAGAUGACUCAUAACAGAGGUGUAUUUCUCCAAGUUCCAUUGUAAAAAUUUGUUAAUCAGUUGAAUAGAGAAGCCAGAAAUGCAUUGGUUAAAUAAAUUUUGUUAAGCUUGGAUUGUUGAUUAUCAUUCGAAUAAACAUUUUAACGUAUGAAUUAUAAUGUGAAAUUUGACUUAGCAUGUAGUUUCAAAUUUGUUAAGUGAUAUGAUAUAAAUACAAUGUUGAAAAGAUGGUUAUGGAUGUAAUAAAUAUAUGUUAACUUUAUAUAAAAGUAACAUACGUGACCUUACAGAUAACAUUAAUAUAAAAAUCUUGGAAGACAACGGGUUUAAGACAUUCAUUAUUUCGUUUUGAGAUUCACAGUGCUGGAUCAAUUUGCUAGGAAAGUGACUAAAUCUAUCACUCAGGAGGCGAACACUGACAUUCUAUUGAACAUUUACCUGUCAUAUCAUCAUUCAUAUUGUUCUUACAGAGAGAAAUACUCAUGUUAUAAUUUAUCACUGCAUCUCAGUCCACCUCGUUUGGUGCAAAUGUAUUUAAUUCUUAACUUUUAAUUUAUAUGUAAUUCUUAACAUUUAUUAAUUUAUUAGGCACUGACAUUUUUUUUAUCUAAAAGAUUUUUCUUUACCCACAGAGUAAAUGUUGAGAGUUUUCAUCUAAUUUCUUUCUACAUAUGCAUGUAAUCAUAUACAUGUAGACAUGUACGUGUAAUUAUAUACAUACGAUCAUCUCAAUAAACAUUAUUUAUA